AAAACUGUACGUAAAGCAAUUUGGGAAAAGAUGGAAACAAUUAAGUAUCUAUCAAAUGAACAUCUUGAAAUUGUAUCAAAAACGGCUCUUAAAAAUUACAAUAAGAACAAAAGAAAUUGCCCGGGAGUAUCAAAGCGAAUAAAAAUUAAAGUAAAGAAAGCAUUGACAGAAGUAUUUGAUACGAUUCAAGCAUGCUUUGUAGAUCUAGAAAGUCCAAAAAAUCCAGACAAUCCAAAUUUUACUUGGCAGCUUGCUGUUCUUGAGCAAGUUUAUCCAGAAGAAACUACUAAAAAUAAUAUUGCAUUUGCAGUGUUUCAAAAAUAUGUUGUUCAUGAAAUGAAUUUAGCUCUAAAAGGAAUGGAAUCAGAUGAAUUGGAGAUUGAGAUUGAAUGUGAAGGAAACAAAGCUAAUUAUAUUGAAGAGGAGGAAGAAUAA